GCUGAUUGACCUGAUGAUAAUAAUAGGACGUUACUGGGUGAUGGAUAGAGCUUCACGCACCAACCACGCCGUCUCGACUGCUUGAUAUUUUUUCCAUCUAAGUAAAAGGCAACAAUUUAGAAGAUUGAACUGGAGAGAGAGAGAACAUUGUGGCGAUUAUUGUGGCGGGGAGGGGAUGGUGCUGUUGGAUAAAAAUACCUGGAUUAAGAGAAAAACGAUGGUGCCCAAGGAAGGGAACAGAGAGGCUGAAGCUCCCGGAAGAGAUCUUGUGAUCGCAGCGUGUCAGAUGAAAAAUAAAAAAAAAAUUUAGGUAACAGUGUUAGGGAGAGGUGAGCCGGGGGGGACGGGUCUGUGAUGAGAGAUCACAUCACCAGUUCCAGGCGAUUCGAGACCGGAUCGGAUCGGAUAAAGACUGGCAGCCGGGGACAGACAGGAGAUCCAAACCUCCCAGGAUCUGCCUGCAGACAGCCAGCCGGAGAGAAGUGAUCAGGGGGUCAGAUAAAGCAGCAACGGGAGACAACAGCAGCAUCCAGACGGAAGAGGCACACCGCAGCAUCAGCACUUACGCCGAAGAUCACAAUGUGACCGAUGACUAUUCAACUGGCCUUGUCUUUGACAGUGAAUCUACCUUCUCUGACAAAAAUCACGCCCGCAUCCAGUGUGUGUGCAGCUUUAUCUCACUGAGGCGUCAUCUAGAUGGUCGUCGAGGCUCCGCCGGCUUUGAACACAGAUAGAGAUAUUUAAAACAAAACGCUCUGUUGAUGAAAAUUACUAAAGGAUUAACACGUUCAGCAAAGUCAAGUGUAACCUUUGGAAACGAUAAAAGUCCAGCUUUGGUUUCUUUACUGGUGGUGAUGUUGAGACUCCCGUUCUGAUGUGCGGCCAGUGAUCCCAAACGGAAGGAUUGGCGCACUUAUCGCCAAGCAACUUUACGGUGGAAACUUUUCCUAAACAGCAUUUUUUUAGAGCAUAUAUUUUCUCUCCCAUGGAUCUGGAAACCACCAGGAUGGUGCCAGUAAUCAGACUGGUUAAGGAGAACGAGUUGCUGUGGAACAAGUUCCAUUCAGUGGGCACCGAGAUGAUAGUGACAGGCAGAGGAAGAUGUUUGUUCCCCCCUAUUGUCAUCACACUGCAUGGUUUAGAUCCAGAAAAGUCAUACACACUUAUGGUGGAUAUGGAGUCAAGCAGUGAUCAGCGCUACUCCUACACAGAGGAGCGGGGCUGGUGCCCAUCUGCUCCAGCUCGACAGCAGCAAUCAAGUGGAGUUUAUAUCCACUCAGAUACACCAGCCCUUGGAGCUGAGCUGAAUGACAAGCCCAUAACUUUUAAACUGCUCAAAAUCUGCACAACAAAUGGGACUGAUAACAAAGGAAUGAUUCCCUUGACUCCGAUGCACAAAUACAGACCCCGAAUUCAUUUGAUUCAGAAUGCUGAGCAACUGAAGUCUAAGCUUUGUUCAUGGACAUACUGCUUCCCAGAAACAGAAUUUAUAGCUGUGGGUCACUACCAUAGCAAAAAGGAUGUCCAUAACUCCAAAGCAUAUAGUCGGUUGGGAAUCCAAGCUAUUCAGGAUAACUUGAACUUGAGAUACUGGUCUUCAGACCUCAUUUCCUCAAUCAGCAGACUCUGUGAUGGCACGCUGGAAGUAGUGGUUGCCAUCAACAUCUGA